CCUGCUUCGGCCCUGCAACUUUCACCUCUUAGCUGAGCAGAUUGUAGUUAGGUUAUUAAGGAGGUACAGCACUUAUAGCCACGCCUGCUGCGCAGUUUGAAGAGAAAUUGAAGAGUGCCGAUCUCCCGCGUCGACCAGACUGCAACCUUAGGGCGGUCCGAUGGCGUCCUGCUUACCUCCGUUAGUAUAACAAAUUAUGGAGGGUUGAGGAUAAAGCGGCUGGACGAUUUACGCGGAGGGAGUCAACGUGGUCUUGGGCCUUUGCACUGGGUUGAAAAAUGCUGGACAACUACCAUGUUAUAGAGCUUAUUGGCGAAGGGUCUUUUGGCAAGGUUUACAAAGGCCGGAGAAAAUGCACCGGGCAAAUUACAGCGAUGAAAUUCAUCCUCAAGCAGGGCAAGUCAGAAAAGGACAUCAAGAACCUGCGGCAGGAAAUUGAAAUCCUGCGCCAGCUGCGACAUGAAAACAUCGUCCAGUUGUUGGACGCCUUUGAAACCAAAACCGAGUUCUGCGUCGUCAUGGAGUACGCCCAGGGCGAGCUGUUUGAGAUCCUGGAGGACGACCAGAGCCUGCCGGAGGAUGUGGUGCGCGGCAUUGCCAAACAGCUGGUCCGUGCGCUGCACUACCUGCACUCCAACCGCAUCAUCCACCGGGACAUGAAGCCGCAAAACAUCCUCAUCUGCUCCAAUGGGGUGGUCAAGCUGUGCGACUUUGGUUUCGCUCGCGCCAUGAGCUGCAACACCAUGGUGCUCACCUCCAUCAAGGGCACGCCGCUGUACAUGGCGCCGGAACUCGUACAGGAGCAGCCGUACAACCACACGGUGGACCUUUGGUCGCUGGGAGUGAUCCUGUUCGAGCUGUAUGUUGGACAACCUCCCUUCUACACUAACUCAAUCUACAGCCUGAUCCAUCACAUUGUGAAGGACCCGGUCAAGUUCCCGAACAACAUCUCGGUCGAGUUCAAGUCCUUCCUCAAGGGGCUGCUGAACAAGAAGCCGCAGGACCGGCUGGGCUGGCCACAGCUGCUGGAGCACCCCUUUGUGCGGGAGACGGACGGGGAGCGGCUGGCGCGGGAGCGCAUGCUGGCAGACGCCAUGGAGGUGGCGGAGGGCAGCAGGGCGUGGAAGGGUGAGGGCGGCGCCGUAGCAGGCGCAGUGCUGGCCCUAGCCACGGGCGGAGUGGGCUCCCGGGGAGACGGCGUGGGCGGCUCCUCGUCUUCCUCUGCGGGCGCCGUACCCGCCACCCCGCCAGCGCGGCAGGCGGAGACGCCGCAGAUCAACCGGGGCCCGCGGGACCCCACUGCGGCGGCCAACCGGCGGCUUCCUGCGCUAGGGCCGCAGGGGGGCGCAGGAGCGGCCCACGCCCAGGCGCCCGGCAGUGGUCUGCACCGAGGUGGCAGUCCAGCCACUCCCCCGCAGCAAGGCUCCGCUGCAGGGACCUCAUCCCGACCCGCCUCCUCAUCUUCCUCCUCCGUUGCUGCCGCCGCUUCGUCUUCCUCCUCCGCAGCGACCCGUGGGCCGGCGACGCCCUCCGCUUCGGGCCCCAUGCAGCGCCCGUCCUCCUCCGGACUGCCACGCACGCCGGCUCCUCCGUCGUCAUCCUCGCAACAGUCAUCGCAGCAGCAGCAACAACAGUCGCAAUCGCAGCUCAUGCAGCAGCAACAGCAGCAGCAGGCUGACCAACUGGCCACCUCACUUGACCGACUGUCGCUGGCGGUGGAGGCGACACGGCUCACACCCGAGGCAGCGGCAGGCCUCUGGACCGACCCCUCCACGCUACCCUCGCUGCUCGCCGCCCUCCGCGACGCCGCCGCCUCAUGCGCCUCCUCCUCCGCCUCCGGCGGCCCCUCCACCACCGCGCCGCCGCUGCCGCCCCCCCUGCCGCCCAUCCAGCGGGCGCUGCGCCUCGCCUCCCAGCUGCUGCAGUACGGCGAGGGGAAGCCGCAGUCGCUGCAACUGCAGCGGGCAGUUGCGGAUUUGGCACUGGCCGCCGCCUCCGCCGGCCCCAGCCACGUGGGCGUGGUGCUGUCGGCGGUGGAGUGCUUCCGCUCCGCCGAGGCCGCCAUGGCUGCGGACAAGGCCAGCAGCGGCUACACGGCCAUAUGCCUGGAUGAGAGCUGGCGGCUGUACUGCGAGGUGGUGCAGGGCGCCUCUGCACGGGGCGGCUCCGGCGGCGGCAGCAGCAGCAGCGGUCGCGGCUCAACUGCGGCAGCGAACGGCGGCAGCAGCGGCAGCAGCGGCCGCAGGGAGGGCAACUGGCCGGCGGUGGCGGCGGCGUGUCAUGCGCUGGCGGACACCAUGAACCGGGGGCUGCAGGCCAUCUCCGCCAACCUGCGCGGCCCCGCGCUGCGUCAGGCCGAGGAGCUCCUCCGCGGCGUCACAGACACCCCCCUGGCAGCGCAGCUCUGUGCUGCAGUGGAGGACGCGCGGGCGGACAGCGCAGCAGGCGUCGGCAGCGGCAGGGGCGGAGCGGGCGCGGAAGCGGCGGCUCAGGCAGCCCUUCGUGCCCUGGCCGCGUGUGUGUAUUGCCCCUGCAACCCUGCCACAGCCUCCGCCGUGGGGAGCCAUUUCCCGCUGGCGGCAGCGCUGGCGGCGGCGACGCGGGGAGGGGCGUUGGAGGGCCGGCGGGGAGGCGUGGAUCUGGAUGGAGCUCUGCCGUACGCCGUACGUCGUACGAUUGGCGAGGCGAUUGCCGGCAGCCCCAAUGUGGUUGCGGCGUUGGUGGAAUGGGCGCAGCAGCCGCCCGUGGGCGCCGCGGCGGCGGGAGGCGUGCCGGGGGCGGGCAGCACGCUAAACAAGGUGGACCUGUACGCCCUCCAGCUGCUGCUGCAGUGCGGCCGCGCCUGCCCGCAGCUCUGCCAGGCGGCGGUGCUGGCGGGCGCCCCCGAGGCGCUGCUGGGGCUGCGGGAGGGACCCAACGCGGCGCUGGCACUGCUGGCACUCACCGCCGUCCUGGAGGGACUGUACUCCAGGAGGGGGGCGGGGGC